UGUGUUGGGGUGAAUAGUCAGAGUCAUGAGAGACCUGUCCCAAGCCUCCUCUCAAAAAACCUCCAAAAAGCACUCCUCACCCAAUUUUACCUCUGACAGAAACAUGCCAAAGGUCUGCUUGGUGGGACCCCAGACUCCAGCUGGCACCAGCCCGUAACAAUUACACAGAGAAUGAAGAAGUGACUCUGAGCUGCAACAAUGGUUUCCAGCCAUCCUUCACCCAUAUCAAAUGUGCAAACAGGGUUCAGCCAUUGAAUUAUUCCAUAUCUCUAAAGGAAGACGUGUGGCUGGGGAGAAAGAGCAGUGGUGUGUGGAUUCAAGUUCAGGGGAACAUAGUGUGCAUUGAGACAUGCCAAAAACCCCACUGGGACUUCAGACUCCAGCUGGCACCAGACCAGGAGAGUUACAGGAAGAAUGAAGAAGUGAUUCUGAGCUGUCCCAAGGGUUUCCAGCCACCCUUCACCCAUGUCAAAUGUACAGGAAAAGUUCUGUCUGUUAUCAAUGGAAAACCUAUGCACAGAGAAACUUGGACUGGAAAGGACAGCAGAGGCAAUGUGAUCAAUAUUCAGCCCAAGUUUAGGGUACAGUGCCUUGAGAAAUGCCAGAAGCCUCAGUGGGACUCCAGGUUUAUCUUUGACCAAGAACAGGGGAUCUUCAACCCAAAUGAAGUGGUGAAGAUACAGUGCCCUGAGGGGUACUGGCCUCCACACAUGGAGAUCAAAUGUGUGACACUGAAGCCAAGGGAAGGUUCCAUGAUUCCUCGUAGUGGCUGGAUAGUGAGGAAUGGCACAAGCGCCUGGCACCCUAUGGAAAGGAACUUGACCUGUGUGGAUGUCCUCCAGGUUGACCAUGAGACCCUGGAGGUUUCCAGCACCAGCAUCAAACUGAACUGGACCUGCAGGCUCCCUCGUAUGUGCCCACUUAUUUGGGCCAGAUGCCGGCUGGAGCACCAUUCCUCCUUGAACUGUAAGGCUGAGGAGGUGAAGGUAGAGGAGAAACUGCAAGGCAAGGAGGGAACUUUCACCUGCUCCCCUCUGCAGCCCUUCACUGUCUACAGUGUCACCAUCUCCCUGCUGCCUAGCACAAUCCUGUACACACGGCUCAUCAUGACAAAGGAAAUAGUGCCAGACAAGCCAGAGAAGCUGUGGGUGGAUUCCAGCACGGGGUCCCUCAGGUGGAAGGCACUGCCCUCCUGCAAAGGGAAGAUCAUUGGAUACCAGCUGAACAUCACCACCAUGAGAGCAGAGGACGGCAGCUUCCUUGAAUUCAGUCAGGUGUUGGUGAACCAGUCUGUCUCUGAGUAUGUGCCACCUCAUCACACAGCUGGCAGCAAAUACCUGGUGACAGUGCAGGGCCUGACAGCUGCUGGGGCUGGGGCUGCAUCACAACUGGAAUUCCAAACCUACGUCAUGGUUUCAGGGCAGCCUGUGGGCCCUUGGCCUGGGUCAGCAGUCACUGUAGUGGUGGUGGUGCUGCUGUUAAUCCCCUUGUCUGCUGGGAUCAUCUGGUUCAUGCUGUUCAGAAAAAAGAAGGCCUUGCCCAGCAAAGCUGAGGAGGAUCAGUACACAGAGCUCCAGCCCUAUGAGAAUGUACAUGGGGAUAAUUACUGUGUGAUUGAGACUUUUCAUGAGAAGGAUGCAGGUAAGUUUGGCCAGGCUGGAGAGACAUUUCCCCAGCCUCUGCCUGUUCACGAGAGUCAGCAGUGAGGAAGAAGAGCAGCUGGAGUGGACAUCUGAGGCACUUCCCUUCUCAAGGCUUGGUCCUACACCACCGGAAGCAUGGCAAUGAAUUAUCUCAUGAAUUAUUGCUUCCCCCCAAAAUUUUCUUCUUCAUCAAGCUCCAGAAUCCUCUGCCACAGCACAGGAGCAGUUUAAGGCAUGGGAUGACCUCCUCACGACAGCAAGGAUAUGUCCUCGUAGUUCUCCAGUGCUUUGGCAUAGCCAUCUCACCAGCGUCUUGGUGCUUGCAAAUAUUCCCUGAGAAUGGAGGAGCUCACAACUCCUCUUUCCAACCUUGUCCUUGUAUCCAUCGAGACCCUGUCCUCUGCUUGAGUUAGGCCUAGCUGUGCUGUCUUGGCCACUGUGCUGCUGUGUCUGAAAAAAAACAAUAAAUUGUUCUGGUUUUCUGGCUGCCUGGC